AUGCAGGAACAAUUUGCACCCAUGAAGAAUGAUCUGUUGUUGAGGGCCGCUCGGGGCGAGAAGGUUGAGCGUCCUCCAAUUUGGGUGAUGCGACAGGGUAAGUUGAACACCCUUGCAAUUCUAGUUUGUGACCUGCCAUCUGACUUGAAAUCCCUAAAAUUAGCCGGUCGUUAUCUCCCCGAAUACCACGAAGCCAAGGGCGGUCGAGACUUCUUCGAAUGCUGCCGUUCGCCUGAAAUCGCAUCGACCCUGACCCUUCAGCCCAUUGACCGCUAUGACGGUCUCGUCGAUGCGGCCAUCAUCUUCUCCGACAUUCUGGUUAUCCCACAGGCUAUGGGUAUGGUCGUGGAAAUGGUGGAUAAGAAGGGCCCGCACUUCCCCGAGCCCCUCCAAUCGCCGGACGAUGGACAGUACGAAAAGGUGUUGGCAAAGAAGGUGGACGUCAAGGCGGAGCUGGACUACGUCUACAAGGCGAUUACCCUCACACGGCUUAAGCUGAAGGGACGCGUGCCCCUCAUCGGCUUCUGCGGUGCGCCAUGGACUCUGCUGUGUUACAUGGUCGAGGGUGGUGGCAGCAAGCUCUUCAUCCAGUCCAAGAAGUGGGUCUACAAGUACCCGAAGGAGUCGCAAGCACUGCUGCAGAAGAUUGCCGAGAUCUGUGUGGAAUACUUGGCCCUCCAGGUUGCAGCUGGUGCGCAGCUGGUCCAAGUCUUUGACUCAUGGGCUGGAGAAUUGUCACCUGCCACAUUCGCUUCGCACUCGCUCCCCUACCUGCGCCACAUCUCCGCCAACCUGCCCAAGCGUCUGCAGGAGAUGGGCCUGGAGCCCGUCCCUAUGACCGUCUUUGCCAAGGGUGCAUGGUACGCUCUGGACGACCUUUGCAACUCUGGCUAUAAUGUCGUGGGCCUGGAUUGGCUGCAGGACCCUGCGGAGGCUAUGCGAAUUGCCAACGGCCGGGUUACUCUGCAGGGUAAUGCCGAUCCCGGUAUGCUCUACGGAGGACCCUCGGCUAUCACUCCUACCGUGGAGAAGAUGGUCGAGGGAUUCAAGAAGGGCAAGCAGGGUUGGAUCUGCAACCUCGGACAUGGUGUCACUCCCUUCGUGGACCCGGAGCACCUCAAGUUCUUCUUUGAGGAGGUCCACCGCCUUACCAAAUAA